GUGAUCUGUAGCCCUCCCUUCAUUUACCUGAGUCGUGUUGGGAGUUAAUCUGAUUUCGGCAAGAAUGUCUCUGCCUGGUUGGUUCCCAAUCCGCGUAAAAACCAUAUGCCGGGUUCUUGUGUAAAAUCGAGUUCGGAUGAGCACCGAUGACGCGAAUAUUUUGUAAGCCAAUUAAGUAUUGGUUGUUUCUGGCAGUAUUGAUAGAUAUUGGAUGGGAUGUCACGACUCGCAACCUGUCGCGGAAAUAUUGCCCAAAUCAUUCAACGAGUAAUCCACAGUAACAAUGGCGACGUUUACUCGUACAAUUGGAGUCGGCAAGCCGAGCACGGAGCUAGACAACGAUAAAGUCCCUUGCAGUUCACCAUCUGGCAUUGCCGUCCUCAUCGUUGGCGCCGGUGUUGGUGGUCUGAUGGCCGCACUCGAGUGUCAUCGAAAAGGCCAUUCGGUGCGCAUUUUUGAGAAAUCAAAGACUGCAAGCGCUGGUGGUGAUAUGUUCACCAUCGGCCUCAGCGCACGCAAGAUCAUGCGCCAUUAUCCCGCCAUGCAACGCGAGCUGGACGAAAUCUCGCUGAACACCAAGUGGAUGCGAUUCCGCAAGUGGACCGGAGAGGACAUAGGUAAAGCCUUCCCCUUCAAGUCAAUGGUCAAGGCAGUUAGGGAUGACGAGAUCCCGAUGGUGACGCAGCUACGACCCUUAUAUCACGCCAUGUUGUACCACCAGGUGCAACGGUUUGGCAUCGAUGUCACCUUCGGCAAGCGUGUGGUCGAGUACUAUGAAGAUGUCGGUCGUGGUGUUGGAGGUGUAGUCACGGAUGAUAGCGAACACGCAGAAGUAGAUCUGGUCAUCGCCGCCGACGGGCUACACUCGCAUUCACAGAAACUUGGUGGCCAGACCAAAUGCAAACCAUCUGGCUUGAGCUUGUUUAGAGCGGUGCUGCCUCUUGAGUUGGCAUUAGCUAACGAGCUUGUCCGAGAGUACUUUGGACUAUACGAGGACAAACAUCCAGUGCAGCAAGCUUGGAUUGGACCGAAUACGCACGCCGUGAUACUAAGUUACGUCGAUAAGAACAGUGAGAACGGACAGGUGAUCUGGGCACUGGCCUUCCGCGAGCGAGGGGAGCAAUUAACGAAGGAGUCGUGGCACCACACCGUGACCAGCGAAGCUGUAUUAAAAGUCAUCGACGAGACGCCCGGCUGGGGCGAGCCAUUCAAAGCUCUGGUUAAGAUAACACCACCGAACCACAUCAUUGGCUGGCCCCUGAUGCACCGCGAUCCAGCCCCUCGUGUCCACGCCCCAGGCUGUCGGAUCCUGCAAAUCGGAGAUGCUGCUCAUUCAUUCUUGCCUACUUCGGGAAACGGGGCAACACAAGCUAUCGAGGACGCCAUCACCAUCGCCGAGUGUCUAGCCCAAGCAGGCAAAGACAGUAUUCCCACAGCGGUCAAGACGCACAAUCUCCUGCGCGCCGACCGGGUGUCGUGUGCGCAGUAUCUAGGGGUUUUCAACGCCGAGAACUACUAUAAGCGAGAUUUUAGCGAAGCGACAAUCGAUCCUUCGGCCAUAGCGCCCAAGGUGCCGAAAUGGGUUUGGCAGCUGGACCCGGAGGAGUAUGCUAGGGAGAACUACGCUGCCGCUGCUGCAAGUCUGGAAGAGGGCAGGCCAGCUUUUGUUAAUACGAACACGCCGCCUGGUUAUGAGCCGACACCGUGGUCGCUAGAUAGUAUUUCGAGGUCGGAGAGGGAAGGUAAGAAGUUGGAGUUGAGUGGGGAUUGGUCGUGAAGAAAGGGGUUGAUGGGUGGACCUGUAGAGAGUACUGUACGAUGACGACUUGACAAUUGGACUAUGUAGAUCUCAGCUCCUGAUACCCCGUCUAAUAAUGCGUCUAUAAGUCGCUUCCAAGGGAAACCCGAUGACUCC